AUGGCUGGCGGCACAGCGGUGCUGGAACCGACCUACCACGGGUAUGUGGCUACGACGCAAGAUGCACUGAUCUUAUUUGAGGCCUGUUUGACUGGUGUGCUGCCUCACGUGCCGCGACGACCGCACGAUCGGGAACGCAAUCAUCUCGUGCGCAGUGGCAGUGUGUUUAUUUAUGAGGAGAACACAUCCGGAAUCAAACGAUGGACAGACGGUGUGACCUGGAGCCCAAGUCGAAUCCUCGGCAAUUUCUUGGUCUAUCGUGAACUCGACAAGCCGUUUCCCCCAGGUGAGAAGAAGCGUGCAAUGAAGAAAGGAAAUAGGCGCCCGGUUCAGGCCUCACGCCCUGGAGAGCCUUACCCCCGGUCAGACAGCACUGCUCAGUCUUAUUCGCCCACGACCCCAGGCUCAAAUUUUGGUGGAGAUCGCCCCCAGCAAUCCGACGUCGAGCGAGCGUUGGUCGGCUCUCUUGUGGAUUCCUAUGGUUUCAAAGACUCCGGGCUUGUCAAGAAGACCAUGAGUGUUACAGUGACGGGAAUCACACACCAUCUGGUGUCUUAUUACAGCGUGGACGACGUGAUGAAGGGCAUUUUGAGCCCACCGACGAUGCAUGACGAAUUGCGCUAUAUUAGGCCUCGUACCGAGCUGAUUUCAAAACAGAGUUUCCGCGCACCAAUCGAUGAUGUUGACACAGGAUUGGAAAUUCGCCAUAUGGUUCGCAUCCGACUCAACCAGCAUCGAUUUCGUCAUAUGCCAGUGGGCCUCUUCCUGCUCAAUCCGCGUCGAAUCCGUAUCUACCCACCCCUCCCAACGUGCCGCAGCUCUCCGUCAAACAAGAGCCCGACCAAGGCUCAUACCGUGCAGGAUCCUAUGGCGCGACGUUUGAUGCGAUGGGUCAGAAUCAUCUGCCUACAACACUCCCUCCUGCCAUGA